CAACCGCCAUCAAUCAACGAUACUUUCGGGAAAUUUCCAUCGCAUACCUAGCUGAGCCUGCCUGUCCGCAGAGGUGCCCACCCAUCAUGAUCAUCACACUACCAAAAAGCCCCGCGUUGUCAAAACAGACCCAUCCUGUCUGGUUUGCUACGUCUCCUCCGAGAGAUAAACAGGUCUUACAAGAAGCCUCUAGCCUCGCCUCAUCUCUAGCUCCCGGUGCGGCUAGUUUGCCCACGAGACAAAAAAGCAUGGGGCGGAUCUCGUAUCUGAAUUGCCAGCCCGGAGCUUCCAUUGAUCAGUGGUUUACCAGCUCGGUGAUAUCAGAAAUCCAAGGCGAGAGAUGUGGGGCCAUCCGUCGCCCACUCAGUCCCCGCGGGCAAAGCACGGGCCGCGGCAAUCUUAGUCAUAGCAGCCUGCCACCACAGGUCGUCGUCGCAAGCUGCGCGGAGCCCAGCCUCAACACCCGACGUCACCGGACCGAUUGAACGAUCCCUUCUCUCGGACGAUCCCAUACGACCUCUCAACCGACUUCCCAACCGACGAGACACGAACCCAGCAUUACGCAUCCUCCAGUUUGGUUCCUCACCAUCCAACCUGCAAACACCAUGGAGACCGUGGCUGCAAUCUUUGGUUAUGCGCAGCCUACGAAGAAGCAGCAGCUGUCGAAAUGUAGGCUCAUGACAGAUCGCGAGGUCCGUCGUCUCAAACAGGAAAUUAGUAGUUGCGACAGGAAGAAGCGCAAUGUCAUAACAUGGAAGAAAAACGCCGAGAAACGCGUCGCCAUACCCGCUCGGAGAGCACAGGCGCAGAGGGAAAUACGCAGCCACGAAUCCUCGCUAGCAGAAAUCGACAAUCAGGUCAAGCGCCUUGAAACGACCAUAGUCAUGCUUGGAAGUGUCAAAAACAGCAUCGCGACUGCCGAAGCCAAUCUCAUCGCUGAGAAAUCCCUACGGACGGCCGGCAAGGUCACAGGAGAGGUCAACAAGCUGGGCCGCGCCGACCUCAUCCGGCUUCAGCAAAGCAUGGGUACUUAUGUCGAAGAGCUUAUGCGAUCAGAAGUCAUGAACGAAAUAUAUGAUGAGACACUGCCUGGUGGCAUGGAAGAAGAGAUCGACCCGGUGAUGGACACCGAGGUCCAGGCCACCCUCGACGGAAUACUGGGUCCAGGAAUAUUGGGUUCAGAGUCGUCUGCCAACGACGUAUUGUCCACAUUGCCGGUGCCCCAGAAAUCCAUGGUCAAAACGCUGCAAGAGGAGAACACGCCGCAAGAGGAGGACGCACAGCAAGAGGAGGACGAGAGAUCUCAGGCUCUCUUGGGAGAAUUGAAUCAAAAGCUCGAGUUUCUGCGGAGCUAGCCUUUUUCCCUUUUUUUUUGUCUUAUGUUCUCAGAUCCGGCCCUGUAUUCUCAUCGCAUAAGAGAGGAAUCGCUAGUUGAGUGGCGAGUUCAGAAUGCCAUUGCUCGCGUCGAAGGUGCGCCAGGUGCGUUCAGCUCAGGGAUUUCUGCUAUGCUUUCCUCCUCUGGGUCGAAUACGCCACUACCCAGGUUAGGGGCAUGUCUGCUGGUCCUGGGAUACCUGGGCGAGCAGCAAACGCGGUCGCCAGGAUGAACGCUCGCGAGAGUCCCGCAUACUUGGAAAACACAGAUGUUUUAGGGCAGUUUGUCAGAAGACAUUCGUCAGUGUAUAGAACGUUCCCUCAGGCUUCGAGGCAGUUUCGCGCCACAUAAUAUCAGACCAUGUACCUGGGUGCACGAUAGUCCUCGCACACGUUUUGA